AUGCAACCCACCCCAACCACGCCGAAGCGGGCAAAACAAAAACUCCCCCCGGGCAUCGAGCUGGUCAAAGCAGACGACUUCCGAGAAUGGCUGGUCGACAUCAAAGUCCUGGACGCGAAUCCCCUGUACAUGAACCAAACCUUCCGCCUCAGUUUCCUUUUCUCAGAGUCCUAUCCUAUUGAAGCGCCAGAAGUCGUAUUCAUCAAAGUGCCACCCGCGGCAACCGACCCGGCGAAACCGCAGGGACAGUCCUCCCAGUCCCAGACUCCCUUUACCGGCCGCCCCAUCCCGAUCCACCCUCACAUCUACUCCAACGGCAUCAUCUGUCUCGACCUGCUGGGCUCGGUGGGGUGGUCGCCCGUGCAGUCGGUCGAGUCCGUGUGCAUGAGCCUGCAGAGUAUGUUGACGGGGAACACGAAGAACGAGAGACCCCAGGGCGACGAGCAGUUCUGCCAGAGCAUGGGCGUCCGUGGGCCAGACGGGUGGGCUCGCGGCCGUGGCAGGGGGCUGAAGGAUGUACGAUUUGCUUACGACGACGACACGGUAUGA